ACCGGCUGAACUCCUAUUGGCUCCUCCACUUCCGUACAUUUCAAGCAGAGAAGCAUGGCCGCCGGAGAGCUUUGGAACAGGGUAAACAUCCCCUAUCCCUGUGCGACUUCAUCCGUCCAUAUGGAAAUAACUCCACCAACAGUUAAAUUUUUUAAAGCCCUGUUGGUGGAAAAUGAAGAGGUACUAAAGCUCCUUCGGAAUAAGAUCUUUCAGACGGAGAUCCGGCUGCUCUAUGAGCUGAUGUACAUCCUGAACAACAGCUAUAGGGGCAACAAGACCUUCAAGGGUUUACAGCUGGUUGAACAAUGUAUAAACAGACUGAAGAAUAUGAAGCUGGAUACUGCUCUUCAGGAGCUGGUAGAACUCUGCCCCAAUCAGAUCCAAAUGGCCAUGUGCAUGGAGACCUGUGAAUGCAAUGUUCCCAGUCAACCGGUUCUGGAGUGGACGUGUCUCAAAGUGCUUGGAGCCGGCAAGCUUCUGAGCUGCACUUUGUCUCGCUGCAGCAAAGCUUUCAUACUUUCAAAGAAGCAGAUGAAAUGGGCUGAAUUUCUUAUUCUGAAUUUGGUGAUAACCAGCAUGCUCAGUCGUUUGUGGUGUUUUUUCCGUGGUUUGUUGGCUAGCCUUUCCAAUCUGUACCAGCGGCUUCUGAAGCUCCUGGGGCUUGUGGCCCAAGCACAGCCGAUGCCCUACCUCACCGACACGGCCUUGCCAGCAGAUAUGGCUGAUUUCCUUGAUCCAGCGGAUGCAGUCAUGCUGAGGAAGCUUUCAGCAUUCAACGCUCAUCUAGAAGAAAGAAAAGCAAAAUUGAAAACAAGAAAGAAAGCCUCGACUAAAGUGAAAAACAAGAAACAGUCAAAGAAUGUAAAAGAAGACCUUGGGGUUCCUGUAGAAAGAGGUGUCGGUUUUGAUGCUGUUAAGCAGCUGUCUUUUGGAAAGGAGGUGUCAGAAGAACAGAGCAAGAAAGAAAUGUUUGAGAAACUAACGGGUGAGGCUACAUCAUUUGCACUCAUGUCUGCCAGUAUGGAAGAGAUGAUUCAGUGGUGCGGAUCUGAAGGGAUGAGGAAGACAAAACGUCUCCUUACAUUCCUGCGAUUAAAGUGCAAAAGGAUGAAGUGUCUGGAAGCAGCAGGAUACAAUGUUCAGAGGAAACUUCGCCUCUUCAGACAAGAAGUGUGCCUGGCCUUAUCUCCCCAGACAUCAGCAUUGAGGACUUUUCGUUCUCCGGCUCAGAGGAUGACUGUCCAAAGACGCCGUUCGCAGCCACUGAGGAAAAGAUUUAUGGUAUCUAGAGCCAGGACUGGUUUAAAUACAUCAGGAGUGUUUGGACAUCAGAAACAAAAUGAGCUGGAGAUGUUUUUAAAAGAUUUCCAAAGAAGCCAGGCUGCAAGCAGGACAACUCUACAGGUCACUAAUUCUGAUAGAAACGACGACAUAGAUGAUAUCUUUGCAAUAGCAGGUUUAUGACACUAAUAACAACGCAGAGUGAAGGUCAGUCCUCCAUGUGAAGUGCAUACAUGCUAAGUGUAAUAUUAGAACAGUCAUUGUAUACCUGCUAAAUGUUUACAACUCAUCACAAGAUUCAAAACAAAAUAAACAUACAGUAUGUAGAUAUAAUGCACACUUUUAGCAAAGCUUUUAUUUCUGUUCUUCAUAACUGACAAAAGGGUUUUGAAAUUUUUUUCCCUUAGCCUAGGAUGUUUUUUAUAUUAGCUUAAAAAAACUUUAUUGCCAUUUUGUACACACAGAGUGUAAACAAUAUGACAUUUUGAUGCAUAAAGCUUUUGAACAGUGAAUGAGCAGCUUACAGCAGUGAAAUGAACAUUACCGUUUAUAAAGUGAAGCAGUGAUCACAAUGUAAACGGUAUAGGAGAAAAGGAAAACCAGGUUAAAUUUUAACUUCAUGGUGUAAAAGGCAAUGGUAAGGAAAUGUUCUGUGCAGUGCAAAUAAAUAAUGUGGUGAAAAAUGCA